ACGUGAAUCCUGUUUUGGGGGUGUGAGGCAACGGACUCGCGGGUAGCCCUGUCAGUAAAUUGUUGUUUUACCUGUGAUGUGAACGAACUCUAGUGUGAGAACUCUUGUUAUUGUGUUGAUACUAAGUGGACUGAAGUCGGCCCUAAAUAGAGUUGCUGUUUCGAGUCCUGACAUGUGACUGUCAACUUUCUUUUUUGGCAAAGUUGCCUUAAUGGGUCCAGUUGUGCCAUCAUGGAUGCCGUGGUAGCGGUAGCCAUCAGUGUGUUAGCAGUGGUGUUUGUCAGCUCCCUGGUUGCCCUGAUCGUGGUAUGCCGGCAUCGGUACUGCUCCAAUAAAGACCACCUCAGUCGUCAGCUACAGGACUCACGGCCUGAUGUACACCUCAUCCACAGUCAGAAUGAAGCAGCUGACAUGGAGCUUGAUGAUGUUCGCUUGCACCCGGACAUUGAGAAGAUUUUAGCUGAUGAGCAGUGGGUAGAUGAUGCUACGGGACUGGUACCACACUGCCUGGCUGUUCUGAAGACAUGUCACCAGCUGACCGAGCGCUUGGUGACUGCCUCGAUGGGUUCGGUUCGGCGACCGGCAACCCAGGCGCAGCUCACCGAGCUGGCUCAGCUUGCACAGAGGGUCGGUCCACGGGUGGACGACGUGGUGCGGGCCAUGUACCCACCCUUGGACGCUAGGCUACUGGAAGCACGUUGCACUGCCCUGAUGCUGUCUGUUGUUCACCUGACAUUGGUGAUGCGUUCCUUCUGUGGCCAGCCCAGCAACCCUGGCUGGAUUGAUGAAUACUUGGCACAUGCUGAAGGACACCUUCAGGUUCUUCGCGAGGCUGGCCUCGCUGCAGAUGCCACAAGCCAGCAGAUGCCGCAGGCUGGUGACGUCUCCGUGCAGCAGCAAAUGGCCACUGGCAAUGUCUCCACAUGGAGGGCAAGUGUUGACCGCCAUGUAUCAGCGUGACGUCACUGGCCGCCUUCGACUGUUGUGCUGAGUUUAUGUUCACAACUUGCUCCUGUGUUGAAUGGUUAUGUGAUUUGGCUCACAACUAAGGGCGAGUCACAGAGUGUAGACAAAGUAUUUCUGAGCUCUAGGAUGAAGUCUGUAGACAGAUACUGCAUCCAUGUUUAUGCUGAAGUGACCAGUAGCAUUAGUAUGCUGCCAUUUUGGUGGAUUUCCUGCCGGACUUAGCAGCUUUUUGGCUUGUCUAGCUAAAAAUAUUCACUUCUUGAGAAUACUGGAUUUUUUAGCUGAUAAGGGAUGAGAUUUUUCUUGUAUAACUUUUUUUUAAAGAUUUGCAACAAUAUUGAAGCAGCUUGCACAAGUUUUAGUGGAAUGACAUCUGUGAUUUGUAGUGUUUUCUACAGUAUGGACUUUGCUAUGAAAUGAGCAUUUAUGCAACUCUUCUGUUGCGUUUUGCAUUAUAGAACAUAAAGAGAACCUUUAGAAUGUUAUUCGGUAAGCAGUUUGUUGUUGACACCAAUGAGUCUUAUACCUGCCUUGCAUUUGUCGCAUCGCAAACUUUCAGGCCUUAGAAAUGCCUGUUUACGGUAUCUGCAACUUUUUUUUAAAGAUUUCCUUGCAGAAAAGUUUUUAAUGGAUUGAAGACAUUUAGCAUAUUUUAGCAGCAUUUGAAUGUUGAUAUAGAAUUACUGGCUCAACAAGCAGACACGGAAGUUGCCGAAAAUCUUUGCGCACUGACAUCCUUCCAUUAUCAUUUUCUUCCCAUUAUGUUGCUCUCAAGUGCAUUGGCAGAAUGGGCAGCAGUAGAGUGAAGUGCAAGCAUCCUGAGAGCAAAAUUGUCACGUCCGUAAGAGCAUUCACUAUUGUGAAGUCUUGUGAAUUUCAUUGUCGACUGGCUUCAUCUAGUUAUAGCUAACAAAAUAGUGGAGCCCCUCUGUUCCCCCAAUUAUACUCACUGCACUAUAGGGGAUGUCUAAAACAUGGUGGUCAUGACGUGUUUCUGACUCUGCAGUUACUUCCGACGCAUGCAGUUUGCAAAAGCAUAGCCUUUGAGAUCUGUGUCUGUUACUCAGAGGGAACUGUCACUGGGGCGUGAAUUUCAACACCACCUAUUGUGAAACAUUAUGCUGUUAUACAGUCGAGCUUAAGUGAUGCAUUCUUGGUUGUCUUCCUGGCUGCUAUGUUGCGUUAAUGCAGUCCCGGUGAAAAGCCCAUAUACUCUUCCGAUUUAUUGUAUUUCCAUUUGCCUGUCACAUUUCACUGUCACAUUCCUUCGUGUUACAUUGCACUUUCCAUGAAAUGGUGGCGUAAGUUGUGCAAUAUGCAGAGGGAAUAAGAGUUUGUUGUGCAGACGUCUUUUAUAUCGUGGAUAAUGAGCUUCGUUUACAGGUGUGCUGGCUUCCAUGGUAUGUCACUCCUUCGAUCAGGCAGCUAACCCCGGCGAAUCAUUAUGAUCGUCAUUUGCAGCUAGUAGCUAUCUGAUUGUGAAUGCAUAGAAAGGCAUGAAGCACACAACAGCUGCCAGUCACAAUAGCCAGGAUAGUGUCUUUAGUAACACCAGUGUGAUUGUUUAAAAACCUUGAAGGUCAGCUUUCAAAAAUAAGCCAUUUUCAAAUCAAAAUUACAAUGUCUCCUUACCUUUUGCUAUGCUUUUAGCUGCUGGUGUUUCCUGCAUCUUGGAAUUUUGUUUCUCCAUGAGAAAUGUUUCACUAGGGUUUUACUCGAUUGUUUUAAUUUUAAGUAAUGAUCACAGAAAAUGACUGUUUUGGAAUGCAUUUGGUAUGAGGCUGGUCACUUGCCAAGUGUGUAGUACAAUUUUAGGUGACAAGACAGACCUUAACUUGUUCCUGUGCAAUGCUCUUCCUGGAAAUGCCAUUGUGACUUGUUUCCCAUAUUUAGCAAUCUCUGAGCAGGUUGGUCGAGAAUGUGGCACCUAGAUACUGGUUUCCAACAGAUAUUUGUUGGACUUAAUGAUUACGUUAUGUGGUAUUUUCAUAAAGCUUCUUGAUGUUGUAUAAGCACAGAGGCUUUUGUUCACAAUAUUGUAGAACGCCAGAAAGCUGAGCUAGUUGGUAAGGAUUCAUUAUGCAAAAUAAAAGUGAGGCGUGCAGACAGGACACAAGAGUAGAGAAGUGGACAACACGAACACUACAAUAUUGUAGCCUCUUGACUGCUUUACUUGGACUGAAAUUCUCAUGUAUUCCUUGCGGAAGUGUGAAUGAGCCAAUGUGUAUGGCUUCUUUGACAACUGCGAAAUGUUUUGCUUAAUGAUAAUAGUAGUGUUGCUUCUACCAUUGAAAAGAUAUAUAGGUCGAAUCUCAAGUUACAAUUAGCACAAACACAAUUCAGCCAUAGUCAUUUCCUUAGAUAGAAUUUGACGCAAUGCAUGUAUAAGUGGAGGUACUACUAUUCAAUUCAUACCCAAGACAUGCAUCAAUUAAUUCAAACAAACUUGCCUUCUGGCACAUACUACUUAUGAAUAGACGUCACAGUACAAGCAGGUACAACAUGUUACUAGUCAUCAUGCGACUAAACAUGAAGAUGGUGACAGUACACAUGUGGUUAUUUGUACAUUGCCAGCUGAUGCAGUCUUAUUGGUUUGAGCUGUGAACCACGAAAUGAUGUAGUACAGUUAUGUCUUUUAACUGUCAUGUGAUUCUUGAGAUGUACUAUGUUGAGAUUGUGAGUGAGUGACAGCAUGUGUGAUGAAAACACCGCUAGCAUUAGUUUCUUGAGCCAUCGUGAUUUGUGGAGGAGACCUUUUUGAGGCUGAUUUUGCAUAGACAUUUUCAAAGGGCUGCACACCCUAAGUGUCUGUAGGAGAAAGGUGCUUGUCAUUGCACAUAUGCUACAGCAUGCUACACUGAAUGAGGAGGAGCAUGCUUAAUAUAGCGCAGUACUAAGUAUGACGAAUUAUUGGACAUAACGAAAGUAAAUCAAAACUGUUGCUCUCUGAUAACAGUAUGUAGUAAAUAUAUGCUUAUAAUGAUUAACUGAUAUAACGAAGUGUUUUUAUGCCAGAUACAACUGCGUUAUAACAAUGUUCAACUGUAUUUUAAUGUGUCGGUACAGCACAUCUAUUUGAUAAACUUACAUAAUUUUCUUACAUGUGCGGUCGUUGUGCCUUAGCUGUUUCUUUGUUUUUUCGGAUCAAAUUAUUUACUGUUAUAAGAAAGUACAAACGAUAGAUCUGAUGGCGUGUUGCAAACACCAUGUGUGUAUACUGGUGAUAUUUUGUACAUGUUUCUGGAGUUUGCUGAAAAUGGGCAGAUAUAUUUGGCGAACUUCGACAGCUACAGUCACCAAGGUGCACAUUGUUUACUGUGAAGCCAAGGUGGCAUUAUUUGAUAGAUAGAUAUCCUUGGCAUCUGACUUGCAUUUUUAUUUCUUAAUAAAGAUCUGUACAGUUUUGCUUCCUAAGUCCCAUAAGUCCACUCAUGUAAAUGAUUUGCUCCCUCACAUAUUAGGAAGCCAAUGUUUGAUAUGUUAAAAAAUGUCAGGCUCUCUUCACUUUCUGGACAUACUAUAGAGUGAGAAAACGCUAAACAAAACCACGUCAUUAAGUUAAAGCUUCUGAGUAUAGCAAAUAGGUUGCAUAAAUAGGCAGCCUAGACUAGACCAUUGUCAAAUAAAGAAAGAAUUAAAGCUCAUUUUUGAGCAUUUAUUCAACUGGAGAGCUUUUUAGGUUUUUCACUGAAUAGCACAAAUAUCUUAAUGCAAAACUUAACGAACAAAAAAAAAGUGAGAAACAAUUUUAAAGAAUAAAAUCAUGAAACUACUCAUGGCAGUAAUAUUAUGCUAAGAUGUCCUAGAACAAAGCCAUCAAAUGUGCCUUUAGUUUUAGGGAUCUGUGAAGCUUGCCCUUCACUGUCAUUUUUUUAUUUAUUUUUUUACUCUGAUACCUUUUUAUUUUUUUUUAAUAACCCCUAAAAGAGCUCAAGCAUCAUCUGGUUUUAUAUUUGCUCUUUGUGUCGCUUAAAAUGACAGAUUUCCUGCUGCCUUGGCUUUGAUAUACAACUCAUGAAAAGUUAGGCCACUCAUGGAAACCAAGUGACCUUGCCUUUUUAAUUGAGUCAAGACUGCUAAUUGGGGCAGUUUAAAUGUUGGAUUCAUAGUUACAAAUGUUCAAUGCAAGCACAAGGGACAAAGCAGUUAAUGCACAAAUGUAUUCUAUUGAAUGCAUAUUGUUUUCAGGUUGGAGUGGCCAGGACAGUAAUUUUAUUGCAGUGACUUGCAUAGUGUUGAGUGGUGCUGCAUGUUGUAUGGCUACAUGUACAAUUCUGCACAUUCCAAGGCCAUAUCUACAUGCCUUAGACAAGUGUACAUAGCGUAGUAUCCUGCUUUUGUUAGUGUCAUGUACGUCAUGGAAUCUGUGUGUACUCACAUUUUACUUGAAGUGUACCUGUUUUACUUUGCUUUUGGUUCUCACACACAAAGGUGAUUGUGCUUCUGCUUUUCAACAUAUUAUGGCAUGUGCACGUGUUAAGAAAGCUCCCUUACAAUUGCUUCAGAGUAUUUAGUACUCAUUACAUUCUUUUUUUGUGUGUGUUUGCGCAUUUAUUGGUGUGCACUCUGGCCUUUGACAUAUUCAUACUAUUUAUUCCUGUGGCUCUUCCUUAAAGAUUGACAUAGUUCUGCCUGCUGUUUCACACUGAUGUACCUCUGCUUCUCAUUAUACUUCGUUGGGGUCCUGAAGCACUUUUUCGGCUAAUCAUGGAAUGGCCUCACUAUUAAAGGACUUAAUCACACGAAUCUCAUGCCAUAAAACUGUUUCAGAUCAGACAAGUAUAAACGGAGUCAUUGCACCGAUAAGCAGCUUUCUCUUCUCUCUCUUCUCAUCUCUGCUAGCGCACUGGAAGCUACUCAGGGGCAAAACCAAGGGGGCAAAGCCCCACCUAACAAUUGAGUGCUUUGUUGGCGAAAAAGCACGCCAAGGCUAUCACGGAGGCCACAUGCAGCAGAUGCAGCUACUCGCAAUUGUCAUGUGUAGACCAGCAGUGCAAAGAUAUUGUUGUCAUUUUGACAUUGCAGGCACAUAUAUGAUUAAUUUAUUUACCUCAAAAUUAGCAAUUAUGUAUUAGUGAUAAUGCUCUCAAGAUGAUGUCGCAUGAUGACAUUGUGUUUGACACAAGAUUGUAAGCUCCCUGCUGCAUGCAGUGAAGUAAUAUUUGGAUCACAUGUUCACAGCAGUCUCCACACCAGAUCGGCAAUUUUCAUAUUAAGUUAAAAAAAGUGUUUCAGGGCUUCCUUCAAGCACUUGUUAAAUGACAUUUGAUAUUUCCUUUAGCUUGGCGAUAUUAGAUGUAUACAUUAUUUUAUUGCUUCAUAUUGUAAUAUUUUACCUUUAUAUAAUACCCUGGGCUUUUAGGGGGAUACUCCUAAUUGGGUAAAAGCAACAUGUCAUUUGCAGCACCAGUUGGCACAAUCAAUCUAACAAUCAAAAUAAAUGUAUCAAUUCUAUGACUGGCAGAAUUACGGGGCAUUAUUCUUCCAGGUAACGUUUACUUAUGAGAAAAAUUGCAGUUCAGGAAAGUGGUAACUGCAACACCAGCACAAAUUUAAAGUAUGUAUAUUCUAAACUAGGGCUGAGUGCAUGAUUUCUAGCAGAUUGGCAUGCUUUGUCUUUUACUGGCCAUAGUUUUGAAGUUGCAACAUGCCCUCUAAGGUUACUUAAUAUAAUAAGGGAAUAUUAUUUUAUGAAUUUGUAAUUCUCUCAUGGUCUUCAUGUCUGCGGCCAUGAAAGAUGUGUUGCCUAAACAAAUUAUCUCUUAACCUUCACUGCACUGAGUUUCAUGACUACUUGUACUCAACACUCCAUGAAACACCUGGCAUAAUACUGUACAGGCUGUUUGAGUCUACCAAUUACUUUCUAUUGGGACUGUUAAAUUGUGAUGAAGUUUGUUUGCUGUUUGGUUGUCUGGCUUACGUGACCCCUAGAUUAAUGAUAACUUGUGCACUUGGGUUUGCAAUUAAAGCUUCUUAAUAUAGUUAUCUGAACGAGCUAGUGCAUUCAAGGAGCCAGUUAUUCCCAUUCUCCGCACUAUGUAGCCGGAGGAAAUUUUGAAGAAAGAAGUUUGCCAUGCUGCCUCUGGUUACGGUGGCAGCAUGUGCUACAGUCACCACACCUGCUGCAGUCACCAGUGGCAUAAUCGCCAAGUAAGAUAAGCAGGAGCACUGACCUCGCACAGUAAGGCCAUCCAACUAGCAUCCUGCCAAUUCAAACUUCACAGAGUAACACAUGACUUAUAGCAACAGCUGUGCUGUGCCUGCGUUAUUUUGCAAUUCUGAUGGUAUUUUGAGCUCUCAGCACAGCAGUCCGCUUGUUGUGCUCUCUUCCAGCUGCAGGUAACAUAGAAGGCUUCGAUGGCAUGCAAUUUCGUCACACUGACGAAGUCGAGCUGACACUUUUCAUUAUCACACACAAAUCUUUUUUUUUUUUUCUUGCUGCCCUGCUUACAAGGUUGCAGGCACAUUAAGCCAUAACAGCUAGCGGAAAUAGAAGAGGGAGAGAGAGCGUAUUACAGAGGCACAAAGAAGAGUGGAGGCGAGCAGUGGAAGGCAGCGCUCUAGAAAGUUAGAAUCGGCAUGUUGGUGCGACGUUGGUAGGAUGUAACAAGUGCAUUAGAGAUGGACAGCUUGGUGCUCCUGCCCAUGGUCCUCCAUGGAUGUGGUCCCAUGUGCAGGUGCUCUGUGGGUGGUUCACUUUCAUUUUGUAUCUUUCAUCUUGGAACUUUCGUGGUGAUGGUGACAAGCACUAACAUCUGUGAGAAUGUCUUUGUAGUGCACAGUGUGAUGAUGUAGAUUUGGUGUGCUUCUGGCAUUAAGGUAACCGGUGUCUUGGAAAAAAAAAUAAUAAGAACAGGCUGUGCUUACUUGUGGAGUGAUCUCAGUGGCUGCGUGAUGAAAGGCAGGGGUGGCGAGGUCUCGAUAGAUGCCCUUUUCCUCCGAAUUUCAGCAAGUGUGCAAAGGUAAGAUACACUUGUUAGCUUCCUCGAUAACAUUCUUGUUCUAAAUCUUGUCUGGCUAAGUGACGUCGAGGAUAUGUUUUAAUUGCUUGGAAGCAAUGGCACUGCAAGACAGCAAUUUAGAAAGAUGUCAACUUUGUUAAUUAUGCUUGUGACUGCAUAACCAGAUCUAUAGGUCACCAACCUGGACACUCAAAUAGUAAGCGUAAAGUUGCUGCAAUUUAAUUGCCCUCAUUUUAGAAAAUUCUGUGCAGCUGCUCAAAGACACCCUGUAUAUUACAUAUUGUAUACACACAUCAUAUUGCAGAUGCAUAUAUUUUCAUAUCUUGCAGUAUUAUUGAGCUCUUAGCAAGCUUGUGCAUCCUGGAGCAGUGGCUGUGGGGAGCCAGUGAAAGAUCCUCCCGUGUAAAAAUUAAUUUGUGCAACACCUAGGCCGACAUUAACUUACCUUAUUGACCUUGUGCCUUACAUUUUUCUGUUCAGGAAAAUUUGGUCUGUGGAAGUGUAAUGUUGACUCACUGUGUAAAGCUCUGUCAUGUUUCCAAGAAAUGACUAUACAUGAAAUAAAGAGCAGUCAUUGUCCUUAA